AUGGCAGGGCCGGCGCUGUCUCCCGGGCUCAGCAACUGGUUGGUGGCAUUGCUUCUGCUCCUUUCAGCAGGUGAGACGGUGGUCAACACAGCGGCGCUCUCCCGGAAUCCCAGAGGAAGCCCUUGUGCCCGGAUCCAGCAGCAACCACGUUUCGUGGCCAAGAAACGGGGCUCCAUGGUGGAAAUCAGGUGCCACCUGGAGCAGCCGGGCGAUGUGACCUGGUUCCAGAAGCAGGAGCCGGACCUGGAGCCCAAGAUGGUCAAGGCCGACGAGGGCCGCAUCCUUCAGAACCAGAGCAGCUCCGUGGCCACGCUCAUCAUCCACGGCGUCCAGUUUCAGGACAACGGAGUCUACUUCUGCAAGCAAGAGUGCUCCAGGCAGCCCCCGAGGACAGAGCAGGGCUGCGGCACCGAGCUCCGGGUCUUGGGGUUCAGCACCUUGGCGCAGCUGAAGAGGCGGAACACACUGAAGGAUGGCAUCAUCAUGAUCCAGACCCUGCUCAUCAUCCUCUUCAUCAUCGUGCCCAUCUUCCUGCUGCUGGACAAGGAUGACAGCAAGGCCGGGAUGGAGGAAGAUCACACCUAUGAGGGCCUGGACAUCGACCAGACGGCCACUUAUGAGGACAUAGUGACUCUGCGGACAGGAGAGGUGAAGUGGUCGGUGGGUGAGCACCCGGGCCAGGAGUGA